AUGGCUAAGUUUCAGGUUAUUUCUACCGGAAGCGUGGAUUUCGGCAAGGAGAAUUCUGAGGACGAAGCUCUAAGUUUGAAGAUCGUUCUUUGUGAGUAUGAAGUUAUUUCAGGUCAAAAAGUUAACCUCGACAAAUCUCUGAUUUUUUUAGCUCGAAGACCCAAGGUGUGUCAUAAGCAAUCCAUCUCCUCGAUUCUGGGUGUUCAAGAAGGUACUGAUCCAGGCUUGUAUCUUGGUUUUCCGUUGAUCAUUGAGAAGAACAAGACUAAUGCUUUCGGUUUUCUAAGAGACAAAGUAAUCAAACAUACCGGGGUUGGACUAAAACUUGUUAUCUUCUGGGGACGUGAGAUUUUUCUAAAGGCGGUGACCCAGGCCCUUUUGACCUAUGCGAUGACGUUCUUCUUAAUCCCGGAUGGUAUCAUCAACUCGAUCAUUUCGGAUAUGCAAAGGAUCUGGUGGACCAGAAAGAACAGAAAUGGAUGGACGCACGUUGCAUGA